AUGCGUCCUGGUGCAGUGAUGUUGCUCCUGGUGCUUCUGGGCAACUUGAUGUCGCCCUUCGUCACGGCUCAAAACGCUGGGUUCAAGAAGUCGCCGAUGUCUGAGACCAAGCUUACGGGGGACACCUUCGAGCUCUACUGCGACGUGCUUGGUAACCCCACCCCAGAAAUCCAAUGGUGGUAUUCCGAAAUCAACAGAGCAGACUCCUUCAAGCAGCUGUGGGACGGAGCCCGCAAGCGUCGAGUUUCAAUUAACACGGCCUAUGGUACCAAUGGUGUUAGUGUGUUAGGUAUCACACGCCUCACACUAGAAGACUCUGGAACUUACGAGUGCCGGGCAAGCAAUGACCCCAAGCGAAAUGACCUGCGACAAAACCCUGCUAUCACCUGGAUUAGAGCCCAGGCCACCAUUUCUGUGCUACAGAAACCGAAGAUCAAUGCAUCUGAUCAGAUCAUCUUGCCGGUGGACUCCCCUGGUGUACCUGUUAGUCUACAUUGCAACCUCACUACUGCCCACACCCCACACACAGAGAGUUUUUGGGUGAAGAAUGGACGAGAAAUUGCUAAUACACGGACUGAGCAGCGGAGCACAGCAUACAGAAUUGUUAAACCACGGGCUGAUGACUCUGGGGAAUACAUGUGUGUAUACACAUUUGAAAUGGCUCCAAAUGCAAAUGCUACGAUUGAAGUAAAAGCAAAACCCGUUAUCACCGGCCACAAACGAAGUGAAAAUAAAAAUGAAGGGGAAAAUGCAACGAUGUACUGCAAGUCGGUUGGGUAUCCACAUCCCACCUGGACAUGGCGUAAAUUGGAAGGGACUUCAUCUAUAGACAUCGACAACUCUACUGGACGCUUCUUCAUCACAAAUCGAGACAACUACACCGAGUUGAAUGUCAUAAACCUGGAUUUAAACACAGAUCCUGGGAAGUAUGAGUGUAAUGCGACCAAUGCUAUUGGGACAACUGCUGAAAUUACCAUCCUCCGGGUACGAAGCCAUCUCGCGCCACUUUGGCCAUUCCUGGGCGUGCUUGCGGAAAUUAUCAUCCUCGUAGUCAUCAUUGUUGUGUACGAGAAACGCAAGAGGCCAGAUGACAUCAUUGAUGAUGAUGAGCCAGUUGCACCAAUGAAAACCAAUUCUACAAACAACCACAAAGACAAAAACGUUCGCCAAAGGAACACAAAAUAA